UCCCUCCCAGCGAGGCGGUGCUUCACAAAGCAAACUGUUUGUCAAACUGUUGAUCUGCCUCAUGGCUGUUUUAGAAGAUAUGGUGACUGAGUUUUAGAGAGUACUACCCAGCUCAUCUCCUUUCCACAGUUUUUUUCCCACUUAGUUCCACUACUGCAGUGGAUUUUAUAGUCAAUGUUUAAAGCCAGCACAGAGUCUGAAGCGAUGGAGGAAAUUUACGUCAAUAUGGAACCUGAUGGACAAACCGCAUCUAGUCACACAGGAAAGAGGAGGAAACCUGGACCUGAGUCAGAGGAGCAGCAGGAGUCUCCAUCCGAGUUAAAGAAGAAGACUGAGAGUGAUGAUGAUGAUGAUGAUGUUAAAACUGGGUUUGAAUCUGAUUCAGAUUCUUCAGGUGAUGAAACUCGAGCUGACGAUCCAGGAAGUUCUCAGUCUGAGAAGAAGGUUCCUGAUUGGAGACAGAGCAUCAAGCUGCUGAAGGAAAGUGGAGACACCAAUGGAAAACCUGUAGCUGGAAAGGUUAUGCAGAAAUGUGCUCUGUGUACGUAUGAAACCAAAAAGAAGCAGGAGAAGAAGUUCUUCCAUCUGGCAGUCGCUGACGAGACCGAUUGCAUUAAAGUCAUGGUAUAUGGAGAAGAACUAUUUAAUGAAGUUGAAAAGGGACGACUUUACCUUUUCAUUAAUGUGGAAGUGGAUGUAGUGUAUGGUGAGAUGGUGAUGAAGGUGACCAACCAGAGCAGAAUCUCAAAGACCAACGGCAUUAAAGUUCCCAAGACUCUGGAGCUGCAGAGUCCAUUGUUUCCCAUCGAGAAGAUCCAAUCCUUUAAGGAGAAAACAGCAGCGAGUGUUGAAGGAACUGUGAUUGAGGUAAGUGAUUACUGCUGAUAGCAGGUUCACAGCAAGAGAUUUGUGGCUCUCUGUGUUUUAUUAUGCCGCACUGA